GACACAGGCGCGCGUUGACUCUUGACGUCGGAACCCAGUGGACAAAUCAACGAGGCUGUUUGCGCGUUUUACGCGACGCGGGAAAACUACUACGCGUUAAUUAUCAGCGAAGCUAUCAAACUUCAAGCGCGGCUGAUUGUCACCGCAAGUUCACAAGAGUCCAAACAAUGUUCUUGCAGUGUAGAAGGCAAUGAUAGCGUCCUAGCGUUGUCGCGCCGCUCGCAGUGCAGACGGGCUGUUUGAAACAGCUGCUCUAGUGUGUUUCUGAAGAGCAAAGUAAUGGAGCGGUGUAAAGAGACGCGUCUCGUAGUGUGUUUGCUGCUCUUUCUGACGCUCAGCGUGGAUUUGGGAUUCGCAUUCGGACAGAAUAAGGACACCGAGUUCACUUUCCUUUUACCUCCCGGAGCAACCGAGUGCUUUUUCCAAACAGCCACUAAGAACGGCAGCAUGGAAGUGGAGUACCAGGUCAUUGCAGGCUCAGGGCUGGACGUCGGCUUCACUCUGAUCUCCCCGAACGGAUACAGAUUGGUCUCCGACUUCAGAAAAUCAGAUGGCAUACACACGGUGGACCCCACUGAGGAGGGCGACUACAGGAUUUGCUUUGACAACAGCUUCAGCCAUAUUUCAGAGAAGAUGGUGUACGUGGAGGUGAUCGUGGAUGGACCAGAGGAGGACGAUGAGGACGAUGAAGAUUGGGCUGCUCUGGCUGAACCGGAGGACUCGCUGGAGUACAAACUGGAGGAUAUCAGGGACACAAUGGACUCUGUGCACAAGAACCUGGAGCGAAGCCGUCAGCUACAGACGACGCUGCGGGCGUUCGAGGCUCGUGACCGUUACCUGCUGGAGGAUAACCUGUGGCGGGUUUCCUUCUGGUCCAGUGUCAGUCUGCUGGUCAUGGUCAGCGUGGCCCUCACCCAGAUCUACACGUUACGCAGAUUAUUCAGUGACAAACACAGAGUUUGUACAUAGCAGAGAUGAACUGGAGAGGGACUAUGCUGGACUAAUGGAUUCUGUAAAUGAAGACGUGUGGAAACUCUCAGGUCCAAAAAAUAUCCCCCUAGUUUCUGCUAGAAUUGAAGUGUUUGGAGCUCUCAGUGAAUCUGGCCAUUGACCAU